UUAUGUUCCAGUCGACGGAGCCGCGGUACUACGGCACUAUGCCUGUGGGGUGACUCGUGAUUAAGUCGGUUCUGUGUACUGUACCUCUCGCUGUCUUGUUAACACCGUGCGAAGUGUUGUUGAAUGAGAAACCGUUCUGGUGACCGCCGGAUCUUCUGCUUUCAGCGUCGCAGUGUUGUUCAACUGGUGUACUAACAAAGGAUAUGCGAGAAGGUUUAAUCUGACUUGAUCUGGACAGUGUGGAUGAAAGGUUUAUAAUCACCUGAAAAGCUGGCUGUGCGCAAGGAUUACAUACAGACUGAAGAGGAGGGAAAUACAACUGGGGGAAGCACAGAAAUUCACAAAGGAAUACCCUCCUUGGGAAGCAGAAGGUGAUGGAACAGAGGAAGGAAAGAUUUGGUGAAGUGUGAAUAAGAGAAGCACAAGAGACUGCUCGAGGAUAUCGGAGGAGGCACAGAGGUCUUAUGCUUUACUUUUAACAAAACCAUGGAAUUGCAACGUAACCCUUUUAUAGAGCAGUAGUUGCUUUCAUGUUUGUAAUACAGCAUCGACAUACUGCAGAUACUACUCCAACUUCAUUUCAGCAAGAGUGCAGAGUACAAGAGAUGACCCGGGUCCUGUCGAUGAAUACGCUUGGUGACCACACUGCCCCUGCAGGAGACUCCGAAAUCCCAGAGUUCCAGUGCCACUGGGAGUCACAGCGCUGCAGCAGGGGCUGCACCUCCGGGCCUGUUCCACUAGAGCGUGCUGCAGGACAAUUGGCUGGAGAAUCCCUUUGCCGGAGAGGACCAGAUCCUGUAGCCACGUCAAGGAUCGCAUACUUCAAACGGAAGUAUGUAGAAGACGAGGACUCCCACCCAGUCCUGUACAACUGCUGCCAGAGAGUGACGCCAGCCUUCGAGGAGCGGGCCCACGUGCUGCAGGUGUCUUUGGACAAGUUGCGUUUCAUCGAGGACCCUGAGGCCUUCCUGCGGCGAUCUGUCCUCGUCAACAACCUACUGAGAAGACUGCGGGCUGAGAUCCUGCUACAGAGCAACUGGUGCUUCUCCCCUCCGCCCCCUGCUUCCUCCCCAUCGGCCAGCCAGUGCCCCUGGGAGAACCCAGCUGCUCAGGCCUGCUUCACCAGUGUACCGCCCGUCAAGGGACACUACCGCAAACGAUUCCGCGUCAGCCGGGGAGAGGAGGAGUGCUUUGAACGCUGCUGCUGCUUCUACCGGGGACGCUACCUGCGCUUGCCCUUCUCUGUCUGCGAUGAAGCGCCUUCCUCUUCAUCCUCACCAUUGUCUUCCUCCUCUUCCUCCCCACUCAUCCCUCAGCUGCUUCAGAUGGAGGGUGAAGCCAAACUGCAUGCCUUUUACCCUUGCCUGAACCUGCCAGGACCUGGAAAACUAACAGGGGAACAUGAAGCACCAAAGCAGGACAGGACAUGCGCUUCUGUAGGUGUGCCUGGGGUGGCUAAAAUAUUGGAUGUGCAACAAGAGGGAGCUGGGAGAUGCUUUGGAACUGCAGGCCACUCAAGCUGAAAAGCACAUAUUACAGAAGGGGGUCAGGAGACUAUGGUCUGCUGCAGCAUUGGGAGAAAAAGGUAAAGAUAUCAGGUUGCUUCUCUUCUGAUAAAACACUUGUUUCAGAAGCCAUGUGUUCUUAAGACUGAAAGGGAUGCAGUGUGUGAGGCACUUGCAUUUCAAUAAUCCAGAACAUGCAUUGCAUAUUUUUGCUAGGGCUGGUUUCCCAAGAUCUGGAGAUAUAAUAGCAGAAUUAUUUACAUUGAAUGAAAAUGAAACCUAAGUAAUGGGAUCACAAAAUAAGAGGCUUGUUGGACUGAGAUGAUGGAUUGACAAUACAUAAAUACAACAUGGUGCCUUACAUUUGUAAAACAAAAAAUGCUUAAAGGUGUUUAAUUGUUUUGGAAUGGCUUUUAUGUGCAUGUUUAGUAAUGGGUUUAUGUAACACUGGGGGAUAUUAUGAGGACCUUUUGUUUCUUGUUGUUUCUUAGGGAUGUGAAUACCUGGUAAUUAGACCCUUGGGGUGUCUGAUUCUCCAAAACAAAACUAAAGGACCACUUUAAUUGCUGUUUGUAAUGCCAAUGUUUCAGAAGCUAAAAUAGUGUGAUGCAUUCAAGUGUAAGUCCAUGAUUAUGAAUACAUAAAAACUGUGAUUAGGGGAUCUGCAGUAUAAUGGAAUAAUAUCGUAUUUUAUAUUAUUUGGGCAGGUUGGUUUGGGGUCCUGGAGUUUUUUGUGUAAAUUCAAUCAUUGCAGGGCAUAGACAGAAAUAGGCCUGGUGUUAUGUCAUUGGGAUAUGGAUUUGAAAGUACCAGACUUCAACGGGAAGCCCUUUAAAACAAUGACUUCCAGUGGAAUUUCGUUGGGAGUAAAAUCUGAACAUAUUUUCUGGUAACAAAAAAAUUACCAUAGAUUCAUAAUUAAUUCAAGUAACAACAGCUAUUCCAUUAUUUUUUAGGGUUAACCUCUCAAGAUUCAAAUAACAAAAUCACAGCACUGUUUUUUUUAAAUUAUUUUUAUUAUUCUUCCUGUAUGUGAGACACAUUGAGAAGUACCAAAAAACACUCAAAGUCUUUCCAGUGGUGUGAGUUGGGUUUAAUAUUCAGAAUUCAUAUUACAAAUUCUGAAUACCUUUUGUACAAAAACCAAGAAAACUGGGUUUACCCCUUUAUUAACUUGUUAUGUGAUGAAUACAGCUGGAUUUAGAGCUGAAUGAAACUGCUGCUUUUGAUUGAAUGAGGUAUGUUGUUACUGGACAGUGGAAACACUUCUUCCCUGACUUAACACUGGUUUAAUCCCCUGACCAAUAAGGGGUCUGGAUUUAGGACCUUCAAGUAAGAAGAUUCCUCCACUGUUAUUCUAUCAAAGGGGUGUGCAAGCUAAUCAUUUAGAAAAACAUGCCUAACCCUAACCCCAAUCCUAACCCCAGACGUAUAUUUAAACGUUCAGACUAAAUCUGCCCAAAUUCGGUAUGGCCCUGGUUUUGGCUUCAUGAACACCUGUAAUUCUACAAAAUCUUUCCUCUUCCUUGAACAUUCUCACAUGAUUACAUUAUUCCGUACCUUUUCCGUACUGUGUGACAACCGUCUUUACUGAGACUACCACACAAUAGGACAGAACUGCUGAGAAAUUCAGAUGUCUCUUAUCUGCGGAGCAAACAAACUGUAAAGAGCGACUUACCUAAACAUGGUAGCGCAUUAAUCAGGUACACAGUGAGAAUAAAAGUGUAUUGAGUCUCAGGGUCUUGCUGACUGUAUAAUCUGUUAUUAUAUAUUGUAUUGACACAGGACGGAACAACUGAGAUGCUGAUGCACUUUGUUAGCUAGGGCUUUUUUGUUAACCUAUAUUGGAAGACAUCUCUCAGCAUUUUACAAAUAAAAUGUACAUAUUCUUUUACUUGAAGUGGGCAAUGUAAUUAUUAACUUCUCUUCUGAAAGAUAUCUACAGUACUGACACUAUGCUUAGGCCAAC